UUGGAGCUGGAGACGGCCUGGGUGCUGGCGAAGCGGAGGCCCGAGUGAGAAGACUAUUAGGAUACCCUUGGAAAUGCCGAGGCUGAGAGAUCCUGACAUAAAUCCUUGCAUGUUGGAAUCUGAUGCUUCCAUCAGAUGUCUGGAUGCAAAUAACUAUGACAAGGAAAAGUGUUCUACUUACUUCCUGAAGUACAAAAGCUGCCGGAAAUUCUGGCAUUCUAUCAUGAUCCAGAGAAGACACAACGGAGUGAAGCCAUUUAUGCCUACGGCAGCAGAAAGAGAUGAAAUCUUGGGAGAAAUGGGAAAGAUGCCUUACUGAAUGUUUGCAUUAAACUUGUUUAUAGAAAACAAACA